CCAUCGAAUCCUUUCUGUUAUCUAUCAUCAAAAAAGCAAAUUAUAAAAAAAUAAAAAAUAAAAAAUAAAAAUUGAGACAGAAGCAAAGGCUGUCCUGUCUGUCAAAGUUGAACAGGGCAUGAUCUUCUUCUCUCUCCUAAUCAACAUAGACAACCGGAUAUUUAUACAUACACAGCUAAUUAAUAAUAAUAAUAACACACAGAAAACAAAAAAGAGAGCUUAGACUUUCAAGAGUUUGAUCGCCCAUUUUUGCUGCUGCUGCUGCUGCUACUGUUUUGUUGUUUGAGCAAAAAUGAGGGAGGUGAUCAACAUUCACAUCGGUCAAGCUGGAAUUCAAGUGGGAAAUUCUUGUUGGGAACUUUUUUGCCUCGAACAUGGAAUUCAGCAAGAUGGCAUGAUGCCCAGUGACACAUCUAUAGGUGUUGAAAGUGAUUCGUUUAACACCUUCUUCAAUGAGACUAGUUCUGGGAAGCAUGUACCAAGAGCUGUGUUCAUUGAUUUGGAACCAACUGUGAUAGAUGAAAUACGGACAGGACCAUAUAGACAACUCUUCCAUCCAGAGCAGCUCCUCACUGGGAAAGAAGACGCUGCCAACAAUUUUGCUCGGGGACAUUAUACAGUGGGAAAGGAUAUGGUUGAUUUGUGCCUUGACCGGGUAAGGAAAUUGGCCGACAGUUGCACUGGAUUGCAAGGCUUCUUGGUAUUUAAUGCUGUUGGUGGUGGCACAGGUUCUGGUUUUGGUUCAUUGCUUUUAGAACGCUUGUCUGUUGAGUAUGGUAAAAAGUCCAAACUCGCAUUUUCAAUCUACCCUUCUCCACAGGUAUCAACAGCAGUUGUUGAGCCGUACAACAGUGUCCUGGCCACUCAUUCCCUACUGGAGCACACUGAUGUAGCUGUGCUUUUAGACAAUGAAGCAAUAUAUGAUAUAUGCAAGAAAUCCCUAAACAUUGAGAGGCCUACGUAUACAAACUUGAACCGUUUAAUAUCCCAAGUAGUAUCUUCAUUAACUACUUCUUUAAGGUUUGACGGAGCCAUAAAUGUGGACAUUACAGAGUUUCAGACUAACCUUGUACCAUAUCCUCGUAUUCACUUCAUGUUAUCGUCCUAUGCCCCUGUUAUCUCUGCUGAAAAGGCUUACCAUGAACAGCUUUCAGUGCCUGAGAUCACAACUGCUGUAUUUGAACCUUCAAGUAUGAUGGCUAAGUGUGAUCCAAGACAUGGUAAAUACAUGGCUGCUUGUUUGAUGUACCGUGGUGAUGUUGUUCCCAAAGACGUUAAUGCUGCUGUUGGCACUAUCAAGAACAAAAGAACUGUUCAAUUUGUUGACUGGUGCCCAACUGGUUUCAAGUGUGGAAUCAACUACGAACCCCCAACAGUAGUACCAGGUGGUGAUCUUGCAAAGGUGCAGCGUGCAGUCUGCAUGAUCAGCAACAAUACCGCAGUGGCUGAAGUAUUUGCCAGAAUUGACCAUAAAUUUGACCUUAUGUAUGCCAAGAGAGCAUUUGUGCACUGGUAUGUUGGUGAAGGUAUGGAAGAAGGUGAGUUCUCAGAAGCUCGAGAGGACUUAGCUGCUCUCGAGAAAGACUAUGAGGAAGUCGGUGCAGAGGCCAGUAAUGAAGAAGAGGAAGAAGAAUACUAAGUUCAAUACCAUGUUACCAAUUUCCUGCUCUUUCUCUUUUUUUCUUUUUUUUUUUACCCUUUUUGCAGUGUGUAUUACUUAUUGUAAUUUUUACUGGUGAAUAACUCAUUUUUGGAGUGUAAAUUUAUCAUUUAAAUGGCAUCUACCAAUCAGCCAUAUUGUAUAGGAUUAUAUGAUUGUUUAGAAGCUGAGGUUUUCAAGGAGGAUGUAUCCUUUCCAAAUUGUCUAAUUCAUAAAUUUAAGUCCAAUAUUUAUCUUA